GUGGCGUGGGCUGGCAGCUGCAGCUCCAAGUCGAUCUCCAGAGUGGGAACUUCCAUAUGCCACGGGUGUAGCACUAAUAAAAAAAGAGAGAUAAAUAAAUAUAACAUCGGGGUUAUUACCCUGAAUGUCUUACAUUCUUUACACAGAAAAAAAAUAUUCUUACAUUUAGAAAAUGGGCACUUCCUUGCCACUAUUUCUGUUAUACAAGGGGCUGGGAAACAGCCUUUCAGAAGUUGUCGAAUAACCUACAUUUAAAUGUACAAUGGCAAACAAGCUGGACAGAAGAGUGGCUAUAAGGUUUCUAUGAAGUAAACUUGAAAUAAGAGAGAUUUAUCGUAGAAAAAUAGACACAGACAGAUAACCCAGAAAUUGGAAACAGAAAUCCUUAUUAACAUUUCUACACUGCUUGUAUGAUUACUAGUGGCCAACGGGGAUCAGGUACCUACUUUGAACCGGGUAUACUUGACACACAUUAUCAUCACGACAACUUUAUCCCUUGCCGUGAUUGUUUGGUAGAUGCUAUUACUAUCCUUGCUUUAGAGAUGAGACACCAAGAAACAGAGACGAUUAAAAAAAUAAUAACUCGCCCAAUAUCCCAUAGAUAGAAAUUAGGGGAGCUCAGACUUGAUGCAGAGCAUACUGACUCUAGAGCCCAUACUGAAUUAAUGCUACAAUACGGAUAAAAUACUUCACCAUUAAUGAAUCCCUUCUCAUGUAUGUGAUCUCACUCCAUCUUCACAAUCAGCUUGCAAAGUAAGUAGUAUUUCAGAGUAAGUUGCCCAAGGUGACAUAGGUCAUAGAGACAAGGCUCAAAUGGGAACCCUGGGCCUCUUCCUUGCAAUCCCAUACCCUUUCUUUCCUUUGCAGUCCCAUCUAACAACUUGACAGUUUCUUAGGAGUUCAUAUGUUGGUGAAGCACUCAGUUCUGCGAGCAAUGAUAAUAGAUACAAAAUGAAGAUGGUCACCUAGUGAGUACAAUGUGAAAAGGAUGCUUGGUUACACACUGAGCCUUUUAGCUAUAACCAAGCAAAUGGAUGACACGUGUACUGUCAGCAGCAGCAUAUUUUGCAAAUUAAUGAUAUUAGUUGCUAUUGCACAGUGUUGUGGGAAAAAAAUAAAUAAAUAAACUACAACACUGGGUUAGAGCCAAAAGGCAAAGGCUGUAGGUCUCCUGACAUUGGGAAUUUUUAACAUCUAAUAAUUACUUCAGUAAUAAGUAAUAAUUUCUUCAUGUAAUGUCUGACAUGUUUACUUCAGAAACAUUGUAAAAAAUCAAAGGAGAUGAUGUAUAAUUCCAAACACCUGGCAUUCAUAUGCAUAUGAAUAAGUACCCAUUAAGCAUUUGGGGAAUAAAUAAAUGAACAUAGGACUAAUAUGUGGAAAAAAAUAUAAUUUCAAAUGUGUCCUAUGAUAUACAUACAAGUACAUGUGAAAUAAUUGAUAAAACAUGUGGUCAUUAUUUGUGUACCUAUCACAGGAAUUUUUAAUUCAUAGACUCUUGAAUUUAUGUUUACAGAAUUAAACCAGAUUAAAUCUGUCUUAUGCUUAUGAUUCUUCAGUCCUUUGACUUAAUAUUCUUGAAGCAGGCCUAUUGGGGGGGGAAUUGUCACCUGGCAGGGAAGUAUAGAAACACAAAUGUAUGUCACUUUACCAAAAUCAAGUCUGUUCUCAUCUCCUGAUCGCAGUCAUUCAUUCACUGUGCCUCUAUUGCAGAAGUGCUGUGUGAAAGCCACCAGGCUACAAGCUUGAGCAAGUCAGAGGUCAGUUGACCAACUGGUGUCAGGUUGCCUGGGACUAAUGUUACUGCUGCCUUCCCAUGUGUUAUGGUCCAGUAAGAAGGGUAAGGCAUGUAUGUAAAAUGAUGUAAAGUCAAGCAUCAUGUGACUUGAGAUGGCUACAGGGACAAUCCCCUGAGAAUUCAUAAGUUGAAGAGAUCAUUACUUCUUCUUCAAGAAGCCAGGAAGGAGAGAGUGUUUAAACUGGACCGUAAUAGCUUGAUUUGUGGAAUUUCCGAAGAUGUAUAAUCUGGGGCCGCAGUAAGAGGUGUUCAUUCCAGGGACCAGCUUGCUAGGGACUAUAGGCUUUCUGGGACUUGGAACCUUAAGCUAAAAGCCAGGGAAGUCCCAGGAAAACUGGGUGAGUUGUUCUUUCCUCUUCCUACUUUCUACUCCACACUCAGGGACCACAUCAUAUGGGUGGUUGUGAAGGGUUUUAGUUAAUUGAAGGUAUUUAGCUGUGGCAUAUUUUAAAUUUUUCAGUACUUUGAUAAAGUUUACGUUUUUAAGUUCAACUCACUGAUACAAAUAAUCAUCUACUUUGAUUAUUUUAGGCUUAACUAUCCUUUUAAAGGUACAUUCAUUCUCUCUCUCUUUCUUCAUUUCAGCACUUUCAAGGGCUAGCCUCUAUUUCCUGUCAUCAGGAUCAGGUAAAGGCAUAUUGAUGUAGCUCUAACUUCCUCCAGGAGAUAGCUCAGCAAAUGAGCGGUCAAUUUAACCACAGAAUUUGUAAUUGGAGAACUGAAUUCAGAUCUCUUUACUCAGCUUGACCUUGAGCAAGUCUCUGCCUCUCUGAGCCUCAGGUUUUUUGUCUUUGUGAUUGAAUAUGACAUUAAACUUUAGAAAAUGUUAGGCAGCUAAGUGUCUACCCCAAAGUGCCCAUGUAUACCUAAAAUGAAUGCAAGAUUGAGACUAGGAGGGAAACUCAUAAACUAGGUGUCAGGAUACAGUCAACCUAGCUAGAGCAUCCACAGAUGAUCAGGGCAAGGAUAGAAAGAGGGUCAUGCAAUGGAGUAACCCACUGAACUUCCACAGCAGCUUAGGAGAGUCAUUGCAAAGGCAGUAGAGAAAACAAUUGUCUGCACCUGAUGGCAGCUGCCAGCCUCAAGGGAAUAGUGAUUCAAAAUAGUCAUAUUUGGACUUUCCAUUGCUCUCUUAGUUGGGACUGCAACUGUGUCCUGACUUCUUUGUUGAUUAGGUUUUUAAAAUCUCUUCUUGUAGAUGUAUCAAAAAUAUAGAAAACACAUAGACCAAAGCUCUAUUAAAUGAAUUAUAAUGUAAUCACCUAGGAAAACCACUCCCCAGGUCAGGAGUUAAGACUUCAUUAGCCUCUCUGAAACUUUCUGGGGUCCCCUCCUAAACACAGUCCCUUUUUCCCCCUAAAGAAUAACCACCAUCUUGACUUUUUUGGUAAUCAUUUUCUCACUUAUAAUUUUAGCUCCCAAAUUAUUUGCAUACCUAAAAAUGUAGUUUAGUAAUAUGUGUUUAUAAAGUGCUAUUAAAGUCUCUUUCAAUCUAUAGACUUCCCAGCCAUCACAUCUCCCUCUUUCUAUCUCCCUUCUCCUCUUCCCUCUCUUUUCCUUCCCCUCCCCCUCCAUCUCAGAAACAGAAUGUGUAGCUAUUGAUGUUGAGUUGACCAUAGUCUGAAUUUGGCUGACUGCCUCUCCAAAUGGUAUAAUUUGAUACUCUUCUCUGUCCUCUGCAUUCCAUGUAAUUUGCUCACGUUGGAAAGUUGUUUUCUUCUCUCAGGUGGUAAAAUGUCCAGUUAUUUCGUGUGUGUGUGUGUGUGUGUGUGUGUGUGUGUGUGUGUGUGAUGUUAGCAGCUCCUAAUCCUUAGUACUAGGUCCAUUGAUUUGAUUAACCAAGGACCACUGGCAUGGGCAUGCUCUAUCAUCCCUUCUUUGUUUGCUAACCGGCAUAGUUCUAUAAAGAGAAACCCUAUCUCAUCUACUCUUUAGUUAUUCCAGUGGUACAGUUUACAAAGGAAAAGCAAAAUAAAUACUGGAUUCCCUCCUUUCAUUUACUUCUCACCUGUCCCUCUUAUAUAUCCAUCCAGAUCUUAAGGGACACGUCUCCUAUUUUGAAUGUCACUGCAUCUGAGUGACAUAAACUAACAUAAACCAAAAGUGAUGAAAAAAAAAAAAAGCUAUAUCUUCAAAUACAUACCCAACGUGUGUUUUUAUACUUUGGUGAAUUUGUUCCUAAGGAUGUUUGGAAACAUAAUCAUCUAAUCUCUGCUUAUUUUUAACCCAUUAUAUUCCAUAUUAUUACUGUCCAAGACAGAUAACAUCUAAUCCAUUUGCAUUGUCAAAACAUUGUUCAGAUUAACUCAUUUGUCUCUAUCUACUUCAGACUUUGUAUUAUAAUACAAGAUGUUUCAGUUUAGUCAUUUGAAAAUCCAACCCUCAUACUCCAAUGAAAUUUAGAGACAAUUGGAAUUGUAGGUCUCCUUUCUCAAAUCACCUUUCAAUUCUUUGGGAUGAGCCCAUUAGGACAAAAGAUGUAAUCUUUCCAAGGUAUGUAGGUCAAUGGUAGCAUUAGAUAAUUGAUUUAAGAAGCUGCCCUUGCUCCCUGAGAUAGAAACAAAAGGAUAGGGGAACUAGUAAUGACUAAAGAAAACAGCCAAGAAUAAUUGCUGAAAGAAUAACUUUAAUUUGAAAUUUCUUACUUCACUCUUCAUUCUAUACAUUUUUCUAAGAAAAUAUUUUAAAGCUGUGAUUUUUAAACUUUUAUUUAAAAACUAACCACAAAAUAUUAUAAGAAAUCUCCAAUAAGCAAUAGCUUCAAUAAUUGCUUUCUGUUUUGCCUUCAAAACCUGUUGCAUAAAGAAGUUUUAUCAGUGGAGGAAGCAAACACUUUUAUUGAUAGAUGAGUGAACCAUCCUUGCCUUACUGCGUUCUAAUUCCUUGAUAUGAUUUUUUAAAAUACAGAAUUUCAACAUCUAAGAGUCAUAGAUUCUUUCACAGCUCAGCAGUAUAGAAUCCUUAAAAAAAAAAAAAGCCAGUGCUUGCUUUGUAGAUGUGAACUCUAGCAUGAGAACACUUCAUGGGAAGUGGUGUAGAGACACAAAGAAAAUUAAAAUUGAAAAAAAGCAUCUGACAUAUUUUAUAACUGCACCAAAGGAGAUGGCAUCUCUUUGUGGCCACCACUGACUUUCAUAAAGUUCCCCUCAAAUACCUCCUUGAAAACAUCGUCUCCAUAAGAGAAUCAAAAUAAUUUAAUAUUUACUACAAGUGGUUUCUAAUUUGCAGCAAGUCCUGGGAAACUUUGUUCACGUGCAAGUCCUCAGUUAUGAUGCCACUUUCAUGCAGUGCUCUUAGCUUGGCUUUGAUCCAGGCUGUUAGGUGAAAUUAGGCCCUGAAAAUCGGAUUAUUAUAUCCCAAGGGAAAUGACUGAUAAGGGACAGAUGAUUGCUCAUCUCCUGGCUACUUGCUGGUGUUGAGGUGUUGCUAGUUGCAAAGCCAAUUUGUUAACAAUUAGUGCUCAUUAGAAUCAUUUCCUGUUAUCGAUUCUAAACAUUUGACAAAGCACUUUUAGGGAAUUGGACCCCCCAAAGUAGCUAUCCAUAAGUGUUGAGCAAUUAAAAAUCUUCAAGAUCCAAUGUAAUUCUUAACCAGAGUCAUCAGAUUCCAAGUAAUUAUUUUUGCUUUGGAACCCACCUGCUAUCCUGUCCAGUUUAAAGAUGUGCUGGUACAAGGACAUACUUCUUAAUUAGCAGAGGUGUGGAUAAGUCAGUAUGGGAACAAAAGGAAUUUUCUUUUUAUUAUCUGCUUUAGCUGUUUGUAGUGUAUCUCUAAGAGACCAAAAAAAAAAAAAAAAAUACCAGCUUGCAAUACGAUAUAUAUAGUAGGAGUGUGAAAAUACAUGCAUUGCUUCUAUUAUCUAAACAUCUGAGCUUAGUUUUUAAGUCCGUGUUCACCUUUGUACAUUAUUAACUCUAAAUAUAGCAUCAUAAGUGGAGUCAUCGUGCAUUACAUUAGAAUUUAAAUAUUGCCAGUGUCAGCUUUCUGAAGUAUUAUAUAUGACUUUAAUAAAAUUAGCAUAAAUGCUAUAUGCAUUUGAAAUUUUUCUGAGAAAAGGCAUUGUAUUUAUUUAAUUUUUAAAUAUAGAUCUGCAUGCAUUACAGUGCUGCAAAUUUGUAUUCAAUAGAUAUGCCCUUAUUAUCUAAUUAAAAUAUUUAUUAUCUGUGCAGGUAUAUCUACUAAUACUUAUAUAUUCUUUCCUUAGAGUAGGAAAAUAUGCCUUUUUUUUUCUCUAGUAGGUAACAGUCUUUACAUAUGAACUAUGGGUUAUUUUUUAGGAUCAGAAUUAAAACUCUGAAUGACACCUCUCCCCAUCUUCUGCUCCUUUUCCAAAUUUUCCAUUGCCUCUGUAUUUAUUUUAUAAAUGUAAAUCAUUUCUCCUAUUCAUUUUCCCCUAGACGUAAUAAUGCUGAAAAUACUUCUAACUGUGGCAAAACAUGGAGAGGGGAACUUAGUAUUUCUGCUUCCGAAUUUCUUAUCCCCCUAUUAAAAGCUCACAUUAAUGGAGAAAUUAAGUGAAUGUGCUUCUUUGAAAUGCCCUGUGCUCAACCCCUCUAUCCUUAAUAAACAGAGAUGGUAUUGACACAAGUGAAUUUUGUUUAACCACACUACAUUUGCUUCUUAAUUAGUGAAUAUUCAUCUGUCAUCAGGAGCAGCUAUGACACCCCUCCCUGCUAACAUGUUCUGUCAUAAAUAAUCAAUGAGGCUCUAUUAAUAUUCAUGAGCUGGAAUCUGUGUAGUCAUGUGCACUGAUGCAGAGACAGGGGGAGUGUUGCCAUGAACUGACUGGAAACUCUGUGUGUGUAUCGGUGAGUGCAAGAUACUUAGGGAAAGCGAAGAAGAGCACGCUGCUACAGCACCACCCUGGCUUGUGCUUCCAGCUAACAGCGGUUUGUCUGUGUUUCUGGACUGAAGUGACUGAUGAAAAACAGUAGUCAAGUCUGGAGGGUGAUUCCCUUUCAGUUCACUUGCCUUUCAGUUCUGGGGAAAUUAGAAGAUUUGCGCUCUCUCUCUGCUUCUUAGAAUGGGCUGCAAUUUGUGCACUUUUCAGAAAAGAGAGGAACACUACAAACUGCUGUAUGAAGUUUCCCAGGUCAAUGGGAAGGAUCUCUCCAAGGCCACCCAUGAAGAGGCAGUGGAAGCUUUUCGAAAUGCCAAGGAGCCCAUCGUGGUCCAGGUGCUGAGGCGAACACAGCUCAACAAACCAGCCUAUGGAACGGCCCCAGAAGUGCAGCUUAUGAAUGCCAGCACUCAGACAGACAUCACCUUCGAACACAUCAUGGCCCUGGCCAAACUCAGGCCACCCACCCCUCCAGUGCCUGACAUCUGUCCCUUUCUGCUCUCAGACAGCUGCCAUUCUCUUCAUCCGAUGGAACAUGAAUUUUAUGAGGACAAUGAGUAUCUUUCCAGCUUGCCUGCUGAUGCAGACAGAACAGAGGACUUCGAAUAUGAGGAGGUCGAGCUGUGUCGAGUUAGCAGUCAGGAGAAGCUGGGCCUGACAGUCUGUUACCGAACGGAUGAUGAAGAAGACUCCGGCAUUUAUGUCAGCGAGGUAGAUCCAAACAGCAUCGCUGCCAAAGAUGGCCGGAUUCGAGAAGGGGAUCGUAUUUUGCAAAUAAAUGGGGAAGACGUCCAGGAUCGAGAGGCAGCAGUGGCACUGCUGUCGAGCGAUGAGUGUAGGAGAAUCGUGCUGCUGGUUGCAAGGCCGGAGAGUCAGCUGGAUGAAGGCUGGCUGGAAGAUGAAAGGAAUGAAUUCUUAGAGGAGUUAAACUUAGGGAUGUUGGAAGAACAGCAUAAUGAAGCAAUGCAGCGUGCGGCCAAUGAGGUGGAGCAGCCAAAAAAACAAGAGGAAGAAGAAGGUACAACAGACACAGCAACAUCCUCAUCUAACAACCACGAGAAGGACAGUGGAGUGGGGCGCACAGACGAAAGCUUGAGGAACGACGAGAGCUCGGAGCAGGAGAACACAGCUGAGGCUCCCAAGGGCACAUCUCUGAAGAGCAAGAGGGAGCUGGGGCAGAGCCAAGACACUCUCGGAAGCGUUGAACUUCAGUACAAUGAGAGCUUCGUGUCUGGUGAAUACAUUGAUUCAGACUGUACUGGCAACCAAGAUGAGGAGUGCGAAAGAUUUCGGCAACUCUUGGAGCUCAAAUGCAAGAUUCGGAAGCAUGAAGAGUAUGACCUGUAUUACUCAAGCCGCACAGUAGGCUGCAAUCAUGGGGGACAGGAGGGCGUGGAGCACGAACUGCAGUUGCUGAAUGAAGAACUCAGAAACAUUGAACUGGAGUGCCAGAAUAUCAUGCAGGCUCACAGGCUCCAGAAGGUGACAGACCAGUAUGGAGACAUCUGGGCCCUGCAUGACGGAGGAUUCCGAAACUAUAACACCAGCAUAGAUACGCAAAGAGGCAAACUAGAUGACAUCCUUGAACACCCAGAAAAGUCAGACAAAGACAGUUCCAGCGCCUACAACACUGCCGAAAGCUGCAGGAGCACGCCACUCACUGUGGACCGUUCCCCUGACAGUUCCCUUCCAAGAAUGAUCAACCUCACCAAUAAGAAAAACCUGAGAAGCACAAUGGCUGCCCAUCAGUCCUCUUCCGGACUGAGCAGUAAAGAGUCGACUUCCACCAAAGCCAAAACCACGGAGCAAGGCUGCAGCAUUGAGGGCAAGGAGAAGCCUUCAGAAGGCAGCAAGCUCUCCGAUCAAGAUCCGACUGGCGGUGAACAUGUCCCUUACCUCUCUCCCUACCACAGCUCCUCCUACAGAUACGCAAACAUCCCAGCACACGCCCGGCAUUAUCAAAGCUACAUGCAGUUAAUUCAGCAGAAGUCUGCCGUCGAGUACGCGCAGAGUCAGCUCAGCCUAGUGAGCAUGUGCAAGGAGUCUCAGAAGUGCUCCGAGCCCAAGAUGGAAUGGAAGGUCAAAGUCCGGAGCGACGGGACGCGGUACAUCACCAAGAGACCCGUGCGGGACCGCAUUCUGAAGGAGCGUGCCUUAAAGAUCAAGGAGGAGCGGAGUGGCAUGACGACGGAUGAUGACACCAUGAGCGAGAUGAAAAUGGGGCGCUACUGGAGCCGCGAGGAGAGGAAGCAACACCUGGUGCGGGCCAAAGAGCAGCGGCGCCGCCGAGAGUUCAUGAUGCGGAGCCGCUUGGAGUGUCUCAAGGAGAGUCCCCAGAGCGGCAGCGAGGGCAAGAAAGAGGUCAGCAUCAUUGAACUGAGUCACAAAAAGAUGAUGAAGAAGAGAAACAAGAAAAUUUUGGACAACUGGAUGACAAUCCAAGAACUGAUGACCCACGGGGCCAAGUCCCCUGAUGGCACACGGGUUCCUAAUGCCUUUUUGUCAGUCACCACUGUAUGACCGAAUGGGUGGAAGGCAGCGGAUUUUCAGAGGGUGCUACCAGUUUGGGUAGAGGAUGCUUGCCUCGUUCAAUGUGGCGUUUUUAUAUAUAUUUUGUGACUCUUUAUAGUUUAAAUUUUUUGUAAGCAAAAAUACCUGGUAAUUUUUCAUUUGUUUUUCAUAUACUGGUACCUUCUUUUUGGCUGAGAUUUUUUUCUUUAACUUGUGAUAUAUUCAUAUUACUCAUUUAUAUAUAAAAACAAAAGGAGAGAAAACAAAACAAAAAAAAACUUGAACAGAAAUACUGAGGAGCCAAUUAAUUUCCUAUUUUAAUGUAUCUAUUGUAAGUGAAGAUCUGGAUUUAUUUCUCUAGUUUACUUAUUUUCUACUUUAAUAGCAACUCAAUGCCAAAACGUUUCUAGGCUUGCUUCUGGGCAUAAUAUGUAUUCAAUCAAACCUGUUGAAAAAUCACAUGCCACAUCUUGUCUUACAUAAAACCACUUUUUCACAUCUUGUUGUACAUUUAACACAUAAAUAGCCGUUGUCUUUGUCUCAGUAAAGUGUAGGUGGACAAUCUUCCUGUGAUAUGUAGUGACAUUGGUCAUGUAGCUAGAUUCUUGUGGUAAUUGUGACAAUAAAAGAGAAAUAAAUUAUUGAUUAUUCCUAAGAAAAGCUAUCAAGGAGUGUUUUAUUUACAUUGUUCACUGUGGUUACCGGAUAUAAAUUAGUUAUAUAUGUCUACUAUUUAGAAGACUCCCAAUUGUGGAUUAUAAAAUGUGUACAUUUUCUAUUACUUUUUCAAUAAAUUUCCUUGAAAUACCUCCCAUAGAUCAGUAAGUCACAUAGUCUUACCGGGAUUAAGUUAGGUCACGUAUGUAGAGCAUCUGACAGAAGCUGACUUAGCAUUCAGGGUUCGUGAGUUCAUGCUCUCCUUGACCACCAUCUACAUAAGAAAAAGCCAAGAACAGCUUAGGGAGUGACAGGGAGAGAGAGGAUCAGUCCAGUCGAAUUGUCCAAGAUUGUUCACAAGGUCACCUCAAACUGCCAUAACAAGAUGCCAUAGAUGGUGUGGCUCAAACAGUAAUUUCUCACAGAUCUCCAGGCUGGAAGUGCAAAAUCAAGGUACCAGCUGAUUCAGCCCACUGAUGUGUUCUCUUCUGGUUUUGCAAGUGGCCUCUUUCUUGCUGCAUCCUCACAUGGGGAGAGAGAGACUGGAAACUCUCUGGUGUCACAUCUUGUAAGGACACUAAUCCUGUUAUGAGGAUCUCACCCUCAUGGCAUCCUCUAAACCUAAUUACCACCCAAAGGCCCCAUUUCCAACCACCAUCACAUUAGGAGUUGGAGCUUCAAACAUAGAAAUUUAUGGGGGAGGGGAGACACUGUUCAGCCCACAGCACUUUGUGCAUUUAUUUAGUUCAUCCUUUGAAAAUAAAUUUUGGGAAAUUAUCUUUUUCAUAUUUUGCAGUAUAGCCAAUUGUAAAUGCCUUAUUAAAAAGUGAAUUGUUAGGAUAUCAAAAUGUGGUUUUUUUUAAAUCUAACUUUUCAUCAUAUAAACAUCAACUAUAUCAUUUAUUAAUCAUGAUGCCUCCAGAGUGAAGGCCAGAUCAGUGCAUGUGUAAUUCUGAUUAAAAUUUUCAUUUAACCUAAGAGAUUGUUUUAACAUAACGGAGACACAAGAUCCAAACAUUUUUGAAGCUACUUUCCUAUUUAAAAACCUAUGGUGGCUCCCUCCUCUUGAAUCCAACUCUGACGCUCUGCCUUAUAUACAAGGUCCUCCCUUAACUUGCCCCCCUUGCCUACUGCCCCUCCUUUUUAGAUUUUUUCUCAGUUAUUCCUGGCUCCUGAGCAGCCCUGCCUGCUUUCCCUGAAGUUAUCUAAUACUCUUCUCUUGUCUGGGGUUUUGGGCCAAAUUCUACACCUCUUAGAAGAUAACCAGAUAGACAUUUUCGCUUUGGAGCCUAUUUUGAGACACUGGUUUUUUCUCAGCAUUGUGGGCAUAUACUAGGAUGCACUUGCAGUUUGUUUUACCUUGGAAUUUGUAUUCUUCUGUUAUUUGAAUCACAUAUGCACAACUAUAUUGUCUCCUUGCACAGAUUUUACGUUUAUGGAGUUUGGCCCUUGUGUCACUCUGUCUUUGUAAACCUCCAGUAGAAUGCCAUUUAAGUAAUAAUGAAAGUUGAGUUAAAUUAUUUAUUCUUUUAUCACACCUAUUGAUCCUUUACUAUUUUCCUUACUCGUCUACCAUUCUAAGUUCUUACCUUUUAAAGGGCUUUUACAUAAAGGGAAAGAUCUGAAGCUUAUUUACAUAUAAUAAAAAGCUGGACUCAAAAAUUUUAAGAAUAGUGAUAGUAAAAGCAACUUUAAGGCAACAGAAAAUUUCAUUACUUCUAACUUUAUCCAUUGUUAAACCAACUGAUAAAACUACUCAGAGUGCACCCACAGUUAACUUUUGAUUUAAUGGUUUUAAAUAAGAAUGCCUGUCUAAAGAGCUCAGUUCUUUCCUGACCUAAUGCCUGUGGUUACUGUUUAUCUUCUUGAUACAACCGGGUUUAAAUAUUCAUUGAAUUCAAAUUACUCCCAUAGAUAAAUGUGAUUUGAAACUGACAUGUAGAUUUUUUCCAGAAGAAACAUGUACACAUCUCACAGAAUGCAGUGUUUCCAAAGUUACCAGUUUAAUCAUAUUUUUAUUAAGGCCAAAUGUGCUUGCCAAUUUUUUAGAAAUGUGAUGUUGGUGUUUUUCAUGUCUGUGUUUAUACAAAUCUACGAGUUGAGAAAUGUCUUUUUCAAAAAUCAGUGAAAAUCUGAAAAGUGUUAUGUUUUAUCUUUAUACAUAUCUUUGUGCCAAACAUGUUUUUUUAGUAAAUGAAUAAUAAAUCUGCUGCUCAGCAAAGAAAAAUAAUUGGCUAUAUGUGAGAUAUUUUCAGAAGAAAUAUGUGAGUGUGGCGGGG